AUGCCGAUGGCCAAGUCAACGGCGGCCCUGAAGCCGAAGGGCAUCAUCGCAUCGAUGAACGUGACCUCUCGGGUUUCGGUCGGGCCCUGCGUCGAGACGCUCGGCAGCAUCGCGUGCGUGAUCUUGCUGCAGGAGCACCGCAUCACCGACCCCACGAAGCUCGCGGUGGCCCAGAGAGAGAUGCAGGAUCUCGGCGCGGUCGGAGGCGUGGCCAUCCUGGCCAAGGCGCCCAUCUUUGUGACGGCGCCGCCGCUGCUGGAUUCGCCCGUCCUGCAUGAGGGGCGCAUGCCUGGUGAUGACUCUGUCUACCUGGUCGACAGCGUUGGGUCCAGCGUCGUCAACUGGGGGAUCUUGUUGACCCUGCUGCGCUACCCGGCGCAGCUCAACGCCGCGGGCUACGACUGGGAGGCCAACGGCGUCUGGGUGGUGCCCAUGCAGACCGCGCACCGCUCGUAUCUGGACAACGCGUCGACGAUCGGCUACUUUAUCGUUUCGGGCAACCUGGGCCCGAGGAUCUUCGAGCCGACCUUGCAGGAGCUGGGCGCCGCGGCGCCCCACUUGCCGGUGGAGCUUCGGCUCUUCGGGGAAGCCAUGAAGAUCUUGGUCCGCGUCCUUGCGAACCCUCGGCCAAUGCCAGCGGCGCCGCCCAAUGGGCGCGCCCGAGGUGGGGAGGACUGGACCAAGACGUCGGCCAAGGUCCUGCAGGCGAAGGAAGCACGCGCGGACAAGAAGCGCGGUGGGCCAGCGCAUGACAGCGUGAGGGGGAGGUGCGUCGAAGCUCCCCAAGGCAUACGAUACCCCGAUGAGAGCGACGACCACGUGCAGCAGCUGCUGGUGCAGGCGUGGGACGCCGUUCUGGACACUGUCGAACAGGGGCUGCUGGACCGCUGCGACAAGGCGGGAGAGCAGAGGCGCAAGUACGUCGGCAGGUCCGGCGACCUUGCGACGGCCCUGCGACCUGCCAAGUUGGCGACCGCCCGCGCAUCGGGCGCGGCUGGGCCCGCUCGCUGGGGCCUGCCGUGUCGCGGCGAGGUGGGCGUGCCACUCGUGGGCGCCGGUGCGUUCGUCGCCAAGUCGCUGCGCCCACUGCAAGCGUCGGACGCGGCGUGCGAGCUGUCGUCGUUGCAGUGCUCCAAGCUGGCCUGCUUCCUGCUGGAGACCAUGGGUUACCUCGACAAUGUUGCGAGGCACCACGAGAUCAUCGCGCUGCUGCCGCAGUGGGCGCAGGAUUUCUUCUUGGCAGGCAUGCGCGUCCUGCUGUGCCACGAGCUGGAGCAGCUUCAGAGGCCGCGCGACACCGACCAGUGGGAGCCCCUCCCCACGCUCACGGUGGGCAUGCUGCAGGCUGCUGUGCCUUUCCCGACCUCCACGGCGAGUGGGCCCGCGCGCAUCGGCGCGCGGGCGCUGGCGCGCUUGUCGAUGGUCGGGGUCCAUGUGUGCGCUGCCCUUUUCACGGGCUGCGAGGAGGUCGGCGCUUUGCCCAGCGGCAGGACCUGGCGCGAGAUGGCCAGGCUGCCCAAGCCGACUGGAGGCUGCCGUCUGAUCACGCUCAUGCAUGCGAUGUUCUGGUGGUGGACACGUGCGAGGACCAGUGUCUCGAAAGCCUGGCUCUCCGCGCACCCCGGCGGCGACAUCUGGGGCAUGGGGGGAGGCAGGAGCUCGCCGGACUCGGCCUUCGACCGCAAUAUCGAGACUGAGAUCUUUGCGGCGCUCGGGGAGUACACGCUCGCGGUGCUCAUGGGCGCCUGGGAGUUCUUGGGGACGAUCGUCCGCGCGGCGUUGCUGGCGGAGGCGCGGGAGAUGGGCAUGCCGCUGCGCCUCGUCUGGAUGCUGUUGGAGCUCUAUCGGCAGCCGAGGAGGCUAUGCGCGUUCGGGCCGGCAUCGUACGAUGUUGUCGCGUGGCAAGGGGUGCUGGCGGGCUGCGCGCACGCCUGCGCGAUGGUCUCGCUCCUGCUCCACAGGCUGUGGGCUGCGGUCACCAGGUUCCGCAAGGGAGCCCGUGCGGUCGGCAUCAUCAUCCAGAGCGAGAAGUCUGGCUACGUCACCCCGCCCUCGGCCGUCGCGCAGCGCUGUCGGUGGCGCGGCGGAGCGCGUGGACUCAAGGGCAGGCACUGGGCCAGGAAACUGGGUCACGACCUUUGCGGCCGUCGCAAGGUGCGGCGCCAGGCCGCCGAGCGGAUGAAGGCAUUAGCUGCGCGCGGAGGCAGGCUAUUGCACUCCAAGAUGGCGGUGGGCAGGAGGGUUGGCUGCCUCUGGAAAGCGGUGCUCCUCCCCAGCGCAGCGCACGGAGGUGGAGUGUCAGGGUUCACCGGUGCCACGUUCGGCAAGCUCAGGGGCGAUGCGGGCAUGCUGGUCGGGGCCAGGCAGGGGCUCUCGAGCGUCACGGUCGUCCUGGCGACGCAGAGAGCCGUGGCCUGUGACCUGAUCUGUGACCUGGUCUGCCGCUUCGCCAGUUGGGUGUGGGAGCAGCGCACCCCGCUGGCACGCGGGCCCAUCGCGUCCACGAUCCUCACGCCGUGGCGCGUUGGCUGGUUCAUGCGCUCGUCCACGGCGCUUGUCACGGACGAGGAGAACCAUGUUAACCUCUUAACGGAGUCGCCCAAGGACGCCAGGAUGCACGUGGCCAUGGGCGUCGAGCGGUGGCAAGGGCGGCAGAUCUUCCAGCACUACCUGCAGUGCGACCAGCAGGCCAAGGUGUGGGUGAGGGCGAUGAGGCGCUGCAUUGGCGGUCCCAAGGCCGCGGUCGCCGAAGGCCCAGGGGCCGUGAGCUUGCGCGCCCGCUGGGCAGGGGUGCCUUGGACCAGGCAGGCGCAGUUCGAAGCGAAGCUGACCACCUCGUCCGCGUGCGCCGCGUGCGGGGCGGAGUCGGACACCCCUGGCCACCGCAUCUUCGGCUGCGAGGCGCUCCUGGAGCCAGC